CGAUUGACGGGGGUAAAGACCUCCCACAACUCUUUCAGCUGACGAGGCCUUAGAUUAUAUGUUUCUCUUUGAUUUUAUACGUGGCUGAUUUGGUUGAAUUGCUGUUUGAAACGCAAAUUUCUGCGUGCCAUGGCCCCAAAAGGAAACAAACAACAAUCUGAAGAGGAUCUGUUGCUUCAAGAUUUUAGCCGGAAUCUCUCUGCAAAGUCUUCGGCACUGUUUUACGGCAAUGCUUUCAUCGUGUCUGCAAUACCGAUAUGGCUGUAUUGGAGAAUAUUGCACAUGGAUCUGGUACAGUCGGCAGUUCUUUAUAGUGUCAUGACACUUGUCAGCACAUACCUAGUGACAUUCGCAUAUAAAAAUGUCAAAUUUGUUCUCAAACACAAAGUGGCCCAAAAGAGGGAAGAUGCAGUGUCAAAGGAAGUGACGCGAAAACUUUCAGAGACUGACAACAGGAAGAUGUCUCGCAAGGAAAAGGAUGAGAGAAUCCUGUGGAAGAAAAAUGAAGUUGCAGAUUAUGAAGCCACAACAUUUUCCAUCUUCUACAACAACACCCUUUUCUUGGUGCUGGUCAUCUUUGCCUCAUUUUUUAUCCUGAAAAACUUCAACCCUACUGUAAAUUACAUUUUAUCCAUCAGCGCUUCAUCUGGAUUCAUUGCUUUGUUGUCUACAGGCUCCAAAUAAUUGAACAGAUAUGCACAUAUCCUCAUUCAGGCACAUAUCCUCUGGAAUGAUGUAUACCAGUUACCCUAUAUAUUGUUAUGGUGUGGUACAGGUUGAGCAGAAAAUGGAGUUUGGAAAAGAGCUCUAUAAGUUAUGAGGUUAAAUGGAUAACUGGAUGAACCAUUACUUCUGUACAGUAUUUUGUACAUUCCUUUCUUAACCAGAUGUAAAAAGUAAAGUGCUCUUUGUAUUUUUGACUUAA